AAGCUAAAAAAUCAUUCAUUCCGUUUCAUUCAUUCACUCUCUCAACAAAACUCUCUCUCUCAAUCUCCUUACCUUGCAAGCACCCCACCCACACACUGUCCAACGUUAACCGAUCAAAAACCCAUCUCUGUCUACCUUUGUUUGAUCUCAAAGUUGGCUCUCACAAAAACGUGAAAAAAUUUCAUUCCCGUGAGAUUCUCCUCCACCGAUGCAGAUUGAAUUUCAGGAAUCCUGGGUGUCUACGAUACGUUUGAGACCUGAGAUUUGCUAGUCAGUUAUAUUUUUGAGAACAGUUUAGAUCUUUUCUUCUGCAAAGUUUGGGCACUGCAUAAGGUUUGGCAGUGCCCAUGAUGGAUGCCACAACCAGCGGAACCCCAACUAUCCAAUACCAUAACAUCCCUGACCAGCCAAUUACUGCCAUUAUUGCCACUCCACUUCCAACAUUUCAAAGGCAGCAACGCCAUUGCUUUGGGGACUCCACUCCUGGAGAGUUUCCCUUGUCUGCUAAUCCCUCCAUUGUCCUUCAUGUUCUCACUGCAUGCAAUUUGGACCCUCAAGACCUUGCUAAACUAGAGGCAACAUGCUCCUUCUUCAGGCAGCCGGCAAACUUUGCUCCGGAUUCGGACUUGUCCUUAUCUGAGCUCGCCGCACUGGACAUGUGCCAGAAGAGAGCCAUAUUCAAGCCAAUGACAACUGAACAACGCCAGGAUUUGAAGCUAAGGUGUGGAGGUUCAUGGAAACUGGUGCUGAGGUAUUUGAUGGCUGGAGAGGCAUGUUGCAGGAGGGAGAAAUCUCAGGCUAUAGCAGGUCCUGGUCACAGCAUUGCUGUGACAUCAAAAGGGAUUGUUUAUUCAUUUGGUUCCAACAGUUCUGGACAACUUGGACAUGGCACCACUGAGGAGGAAUGGCGACCUCGACCGAUAAGAACUUUGCAAGGCAUUCGAAUUAUACAAGCUGCCGCUGGGGCUGGGAGGACAAUGUUGGUAAGUGAUUCUGGUCAGGUUUAUGCAUUUGGGGAAGCUGAGUAUGGAGUUCAAGGUUCUAAAACUGUUGCAGCUCCACAGAUAGUGGAGUCUUUGAAAAACAUAUUUGUUGUCCAAGCUGCAAUUGGUAACUUUUUCACAGCUGUGUUAUCAAGAGAAGGCAGGGUUUAUACAUUUUCUUGGGGCAGUGAUGAAAAACUUGGUCAUCACACUGAUCAAAGUGAUGUGGAACCUCAUCCCUUGUUAGGUGCUCUUGAAAACAUACCAGUGGUGCAAAUUGCUGCUGGAUAUUGCUAUCUGCUUUGUCUGGCUUGUCAACCCAGUGGAAUGUCAGUGUAUUCUGUUGGGUGUGGCUUGGGGGGCAAGCUUGGACAUGGCUCAAGAACUGAUGAAGAGUACCCUCGUUUGAUCGAACAGUUCGGACUGCUGAACCUCCAACCCAUGGUCGUUGCAGCUGGUGCUUGGCAUGCUGCUGUGGUGGGACGGGAUGGCCGUGUUUGCACGUGGGGAUGGGGGCGAUAUGGUUGCUUGGGGCAUGGGAAUGAAGAAUGUGAAUCAGUACCUAAGGUGGUGGAAGCAUUGAGCAAUGUCAAAGCUGUUCAUGUUGCAACAGGAGAUUACACGACCUUUGUAGUGUCUGAUGAUGGUGAUGUGUAUUCAUUUGGCUGUGGACAAUCUGCUAGUCUUGGGCAUAAUGCUGCUGGAAAUGAUGAGCAGGGCAACAGGCAUGCAAAAGUGUUAGAUCCAGAGCUUGUCACUUCACUGAAACAGAUCAAUGAAAGGGUGGUACAGAUUAGUCUGACCAAUUGCAAUUACUGGAAUGCUCAUACCUUUGCCCUCACUGAAUCAGGGAAGCUGUAUGCAUUUGGUGCUGGAGACAAAGGACAGCUAGGAAUUGAACUUGUUGCUAACCAGACUGAAAGGGGAAAUCCAGAAAGGGUUGAAAUUGAUCUUGGUUAAUUGUUUGUGCCUUUACACAACCCCCCCCCCCCCCCCCCCCCCACCCCAGUCCUCCACAAUUCUUUACACCAUGCUGUCCUCUAAUUUAUGGUCAUCAUGCAUAGCAUUUUAGUAUUUAAAUUCCUUGUCUAUUUUGUAAAUAUAAUCAAAAGAAUGCAUCUUGAAGGUCCAAGGUAGGUAAACAGCUAACAAGGGCCUUAGUAGCUUCUGUCUUAUGGUUGUUGAUAUCUCAUCAUCACUCUUAGGCUUUCAUCUGGUUGUUGAUAGUUGAUACAUUGGUGAAGGUUCAUUUAUAGCCUAGUUGUCUUGAAUUGUUUUCAUAGAUCAUUUGCUUAGAUACAGAUUGUUAAAUUUGGCAUUCAUUCAUCAUCCUAAGUCAAAACCCUCAUGGUUUGGAUCAUUUA